AAAGAAAUGGUUUUUAUAUAAAAAAAGGUUUUCUAAAUGAUGUAGACUGUGAGUAGUUAAUAUUCGACAUAAGCACCGACGAUACACGCAAUAUUUGUGCUUGUUUUCAGGCCCAGUAUGUCGACAAUUACUAUCCAAUGACAUUUUAACAAAAGUUCAGACAUUAACAAACGAAAGUCAUAAAAAGAAAAUCGAAGAUGAUAUUGAAAAUGUUAUGACAAAAACUAUAUCACCGAAGGUUCGUUUAUGGCAACAACAAAUGGAAAUAUUGUACCAACAACAGAAAGAGAAAGGAGGAAUAAUAGAUUUAGAAAGAAAUGAUCUUGUAUUUUCCUGA